UGUAAGCGGUGAAACAAGAGAGCAAGCAAGACCCAGCCCCAGCAUAUACCUACUACACAACGCGUGAUGUGUCAUUUCCUGCGUGCAGCAACUCAACAACCUCGUCGUCGGUGAGAGAGCACAAUAUAAUUGCGUGCAGCAUCCUUGUGGAUUUUUUCGGCAAGAAUCCCGCUGAAUUUACCUUCGGCGAUAAUGUCAAGCUCUUUAAAGCCUUACCUCACAGCAGUGAGACGCACAUUGACUGCAGCUAUGUGUCUUGAGAAUUUUUCAUCUCAAAUUGUUGAAAAACACAAUAAGCCAGAAGUAGAAGUAAGAGCCAGUAAAGAGUUGCUUUUGACACCAGUUUUAAUCAGCCGGAAUGCCAAUGAGAAAGUCCUCAUUGAAUCAAGUAUAAAUAGUAUGAGAAUAAGCAUAGCUGUGAAACAAGUAGAUGAUUUAGAGAGAAUUUUGUGCCACAAAUUCACAAGAUUCAUGAUGAUGCGAGCAGAAAACUUUAUGAUCUUGAGGAGAAAACCUGUACCAGGCUAUGAUAUUAGCUUUCUGAUUACUAACAUCCAUACAGAACAGAUGUAUAAACAUAAAAUUGUGGACUUUGUUAUUCAUUUCAUGGAGGAAAUUGAUAGAGAGAUCAGUGAAAUGAAACUGUCAAUGAAUGCUAGAGCUCGUACAUGUGCUGAAGAGUUUUUAAAGAGGUUCUAGUCCAAAGCUUCUAAAAGGUACUAAAUUUGAAAAAGAAACAAGAAUGCAGUUAUGACAUGGAUGUAUUCUGUUGAGAAAACUACCUAUCGUCUGUUAUCUAUCUCUGGUUUUGUGCACUCUGGAAUAGUACCAAACUUUACCUUGUUAUUGCUGUUGGUAGUGCAUCGUAUGAGUGAAAAUCUAUGUGCUAAAAAAAUGAAAAAAAAAAUGAUAUGAACUAUGAGUGCUCUGAAUACAAGCACAAUGAAGUAGAAAGUGUGUGAAUGUCAUUUUUGUAUGUAUGCAGCAUUCUCAAGGGAAUACUGAGUCUUUCACAUACUUACUUGAGUAACUAAAUUUAUAAUUCAAACUUACUUGUUUCUGUGAUUUAAGAAAUCCUUGUGUUUUUAGUAUAAUCGGUUUGGUUUAAAUAUAGCAUGAUUUAUAUUUGAUCAGUUAUCUGCUAUAUCAAAAAAUUAAUAAAAAAAUUUGGUACCAUUGUUAUUCAAGUAAGUCAUAAAAAUAGUGUGCCAGUCAUAUUGGGCACUGGAUGCCUUUGGAUAUCGAAACUGCUAAAGUCAAUUUAAUAUAAUUGGCUAUCAGUCACUGGUCGCAACUGACAAGGCUCUGUGUUAGCCGUGGGGGCAUUUUUUUUUUGUAAAGUGUGUUUACUCAAGGUCUUUAUUAACGAAUCGCAAUAUUAUGUUAAGGAUCAUGAGUAUUCCGACUGAGAUUGGCAUUUAUCGUAUUUUAUUUACAUGUUCUUUUUUUUUCAACAAAAUACGUAUUAGAAAUCAAUUACUUAAUUAACCAGAAGAAAAAAUUGUUAUAAUUGUGUAUUAUAAUGUCGAUGAACUAACAUGACUUCUCUGUGUGAACACAAUAAAAUUUCGUCAGAUAUAUAUUAUUUCGUACAUAGUAAAUAAUAUGAAUAAAUAAGCAGGGAAAAAGUAUUCAAAUAUAAUUAUUAAUAGUUUUCUUUUCGAGAUCGAGAGAUUUCUUAUAUUUAAAUACUUGAAGGAUUGCGUUUAACAAUUAGUUGAUACGCUCAUAAGCGCGCAACAAGAAUGAGAAUGAUUGUAUUAAAGGUACAUAAUACUAAGAAGCUCAAGUAAGUUGUUGGAUAAAAACGUGAAUUACGUCGAAUGGGUCAGUGUUGAGCAAGAAUAUUAUUAACGUCCACAUGCAUGUUCUUCGAAAAAAAAAAGAAAAAUGGAAUUCCUUUUUUCUUUUUUGAAUGAUGUGUACAAUAAUCGAGUUCAACGACUGCCAAUUUGUUGAAGUUACGCAUCUUUGUAAAACUCGUUCCUUGCGACGCACUGAAUAUUAAAUGAUGAACUCGAGGCAACUCUGUUGUAUAUUGUCAUUUUUGUAAUUCGCGCGAGGCAUAUUUACAAUCUGCUCCUACCAUCUUAUACCUUAUAUUUAUAAUAAAAGCUCGCUCGAACAUCAGGAAACGUUUCUUGGUUUUCAUUUACCGAAUCUGUAAUUUGUCUAGUUUUACAUUUUUAUCGUACUACAUUUUUAAUCAUAAAAAUAAAAAAUUUAUUACUUAAAACGCGCCGAUUAAUUUUAUAUUUGUAUUACAUUUUGUGUACUUAAAAAACCAACAAAUAAGAUUUAUUAAAAAAAUACAA